AUGAAACGUUCAUAUGGAGAAGGAAUUAAAAAUCACAGUAUUAAAAAAUAUUUUAAAAAGGCAUCUAAAAAUGAAGUCAUCUUGGCGAGAAUGUCUACAAAUGAUGUCGAUUCGUCAAAUGAUUCAUUAUCAUUAGCAUCUAAUACACAAUCAAUUGUAUUUCAAAACAUUUCAAAUAAAGAUGAAACAAUUGUAGAACCAAGCACAUCAAUGAUUGAAAAUAGAGAUUUAGUCCGAAGUGGAAUAUCAAGUACAAGUUCUUUGGAAAUGAUACCAUCAACAACAACCAUCAAUGCGGUCAAUAAUAAUCAAUAUUCUUUCGAUGUCGAACAAAUUGGUGUAAAGCUUCGUCUAAUUGAACAAUUAAUAGGUUCAUGCCAGGAUUUAAUUAAACAAUCAACAUCCAUCGAUUUAUGUAUUGAAACUUUUGCAAAAAAUUCUAAUGGUUUUGCUGAUGCACUUAUUCAAGCUGGUACUGAAUUAAAAUGUUUGUGUACAAAUAUUGUAUCAACAAUUGAAUCAAAUCGAAACAAAAUUACAAUAACUGAACGUGAAGAAGAUAAAAUGGUUAAUCGAGAUCCAGGUCCAGGAACUGAGAAAAAAGAACAAGCAUGGAUAUCUACCGGUGUCAAUUCAUGGAAUAAAAUGAAAAGCCAAGGUGUUAACAGAAAAGGAAAAUUAGAUACUCAUUUUUCAUCUGUCACACAUAGAUCGAGUGUUGAACGUUAUUUAAACUAUAAAACAAAAAAAGUGAAUAUCGAUUUAAUGUUGGAUAGCAGUCGACGUAAAGCAAAUCAAGAACAAGAAUCAAUUUUACAAUUAAAUAAGCAGGUGAUAGUAACAUUACUUGAUUCAGCUCGUUAUCUGGUAUCAUAUAUGAGCAAAAGAUCCCAAGAUGAAUAUAUACAAUUAUUAGGUGCUGCAAUUGAACAUCAAAUUGUCAAUGAAAUUAAUCAAUCACCGUUUAUAUCCAUUUUGAUCGAUAGUACCCCAGAUUUGUCACAUCGAGAAAUGUAUUCCAUUAUCAUUCGAUAUAUAUAUAAUUAUCAAGUAAAAGAACGUUUGCUCUCAUUGCAAGAAUUAGCAAGCAAAGUAGGUGAAGACAUUUGUCAGUUAUUAUUAGAUACAUUAGGUCGAAAAGGUAAGUUAACAGACAAAAUUGUUGGGCAAUGCUACGAUAAUUCACCCAACAUGAGUGGUGUUAACAAGGGUGUACAAGCAUGUAUCAAUAAAAAGUUAAAUCGACAAAUAAUACAUAUACCAUGUGAAGCUCACAGCUCAAAUUUAGCUGUGGAACAUGCCUGUGAUUGUUCAACUGAAUUCAUCAAUUUAUUUAUGUUUUUAGAAGGAUUAUAUAAUUUUUUUACGUCUAGUGUGAAACGGUACUAUGUUCUUCGAGAUGCACUUGAAAAAUCAACAUUUGGUUUAACAGUAAAGUCACUGUCAGAGACACGAUGGAACGCAAAUUAUGAGUCUCUUCAUUGUGUUGUUGAGUCAUUUCAUGAAAUUCUUCAUUGUUUAGAAUCCAUUGAAUCGAUUGAAUCAAAAGAAUUUGAUAAAGAAACAAAAGCUCAAGCUAAAAACAUUAGAAAUAAACUAAUGUCGUACGAGUUCGUAGUGUUAUUGAAGUUUAUGGUCCAUGUUACACGUACAACUAAUUCCUUAACAAUCUAUUUACAAACAAAAGAACUGGAUAUAUUAUCAUCAUUGGAAUUAAUGACAAAUACAAAUAAAUUGAUUCAAAAAAUGAGAAAUGAUGAUGAAGCAUUGAAGAGUAUUUUGUUGAUUGCUGAAAAAUUGGUAGAACCGUUUAAUAUUGAUAUUGAUCAGGAAUUCAAUCGAUUGCAUAGACUUCGACAACGAUCACGACGAAUAGAUGAAAAUCCAUUAACAUCAGUACAACUUACUAGAGAAGCGUUUUAUGUCAAACUAUUUCGACAAAUAUUAGAUCAUUUAUAUGUAGCUUACAAUGAUUAUUUACAAGUCAUGACUGAAAAAUUACGUUAUUUUCAUAAUUUAGCACCUAAUCGCAUUCAACAACUAACAAUAAAUGAUUGUAAACAGAUAUAUAAAAUUGUACCAGGAUUAUCAAGUGAAGAUUUAUUAUCUACAGAAUUUGAAUUGUUACGUGAUACAAUUGAACAGUGUGAGAACAUGGAGAAUGUUGUAGGACUGCUACAAAAGUCUGGUCAUUUAUAUCCACGUGUUGCAAAGGUGUACAAUUUCUUGUUUAGCCUUCCAAUCACAACAGCAACCAAUGAACGAUGUUUUAGUAAAUUAAAAUUGAUCAAAAACCACUUGCGUACAACAUUAAAAAACGAAAGAAUUGAACAUUUAAUUUUAUGUUCUACUGAAAAUGACUUAUUGGAUGACUUAGAUUUAACAAAAUUAGCAGAUGAAUGGGUACGAUACUUUUUGUCUUUGUUUGCUUAUAAUGCAAUCGAACGAAACACAUUUGAGUUAAUUUUUAUAUUUGCUUCAUUUUCGACUGUUUUAGGCACAAAUGAAAGAUCGAAGAGUCAAAAUUGGUCAAACGCAAAAAAAGUGAAAAUUAUGAAUGGACAGUAUCACAUGAGGGGUUUUUAUAUUUAGUAUAUGUGGUGGUUUUCUUAUUUUUUGUUUUAUGAUUGUGAUUCUACAUACUUUUUAAAAUGUAAUUGAACUUUUCUUUUUUUCAAACACG